AUGAAUCGCGACUUCGUCUAUGAUGAUGAUAGACCCACAGCGUGGUCGCGAGUUGGUACAAUUCUGAAUAAGUGGUUGUGGGGAGCUCUGUGUUGUGGUGUACCAGGUAUCCCGUGCUUCUUUUGUAGCUGCUGCGAAAAGUUCGAAGACAGGACGGAGAGGGACAGGCCGAGAGUUAAUCAAGGGACAGUAACAGCAGACCGUGUGUCAAGACAACACCGUCCUCAUGCACCUCGGGGAAGAAAAUCUACUCCCGAGAUGCUGUCAGCAGUUCGCUGUGCUCUCUCACAGUUGCAGGGUGAACCUGCUCCUCCUUUAACAACUGCUUCUAAACCAGCGCCUCACACACCGGAACCCGGUUAACUUUUAUGUGAAUUCGUAUAUGAAUAAUAUUUUUGUGAAGUGUUUUUUUUAAGAACUUUGCUUAAACUUGUAAAGGACUUAGCCAACCGAGUAAAAUAAAAUAUAUGUAACUAUCGCCCUA